AUGGCAGAGAAGGCCCGAGUCCUGCUCGUUGGGAGUGGCGGCAUAGGAACCAUGACAGCCUUGAAUCUGGAACAGGGAGGGUUGGCAACAGUGGCGGCUGUGCUGAGAUCGAACUAUGCCAUGGUCAAAGAGAAGGGUUUCACCAUCGACUCUUGUGACCACGGCAAGCUCGCGGAGUGGAAGCCGUCCGAAGUCCUCCCCAAGGUGCCGGACGUGACGAGCGGCCACGAGGGAUCGGCCAAACCAUUCGACUAUGUGAUUGUCACCACCAAGAACGUCCCGGAUGUCCCCCCCACCGUGGCCGACUUGAUCCGCCCGGCCGUGACGCCGGGGCAUUCAGUUAUUGUGCUCAUACAGAACGGGCUCAACAUCGAGAAGCCGUUGAUGGCGGCCUUUCCGGACAACAUCUGCCUUUCCGGGGUGUCGUUGAUGGGCGCCGAUGAACUCAGUCCGGGCCACAUCCUCCAGAACGACGUCGACAGGCUUUUCAUCGGGCCCUUCCUGUCGGACAAGCUAGAUGGACAGAAGCAGAUUGCGGCUGCGGAGGAGUUUGUACGGAUAUACUCGGCCUCGGGCAAGGUUCAGUGUUCGUACCAGGCCGACGUGCUGUUUGUCCGCUGGAGGAAGCUCAUGUACAACGCCGUGUGGAAUCCAAUUUGUGCACUGACCGAUCUGGACACGACACGGUUUCGACUGGCCUCGGACGCGCAGGACCCCGCCAACCCCCUCGACCUGCUCGUGAGGCCAGCAAUGAAUGAGAUCCGUGCUGCGGCCAAGGCUUCUGCCAAUGUCGAGCUCCCUGAAUCAUUAGUCGAGUCGAUGGUCGAGUGUGACCCAAUGGAAAUAUUCUGUGCCCCAAGCAUGUUGCAGGAUCGGCGCAAGGGGAGGUUUAUUGAAUACGAGAACAUCCUGGGUGAAGCACUGAGAGAGGGUGAGAGGGCAGGGAUAGCAAUGCCGACGAUCAAGUGCCUCUAUGGUCUUUGCAAGGCGGUUCAGUGGCGCACCAUGGAGCUGAACGGCUUGGUCAACGCCCAGAAACUGAUGGAGGCGAGGAUUAGCUAA